AUGGCGUCCCACCAUGCCUCUCUUGACGCGGCGGCGACCGAGCGCAAAGCUCGCCUUGCGAAGCUGGCCUCGCUCAAACGAAAGCAGCCCGAACCAGAAGCUCCGACAGAAGACGAAAACCACACCAGGGAGGAAGCCAUGGAGGAUGAUGAACACGACGUUUCGACCAGAUAUCUCUCGGGGCGGAACUACGACGCGGAGACUCGGGGCCCGAAGCUGGGAUUCGACCAGAACCCAUUAGACGGCCAGGCUAACUUGGAAGCCCAGGCCGCCGAGAUCGCAACGGCCACAGCGGAGCAGGCCAAGAAGGACGAAGAAGCAGACCAGCCCAUUGAUCUAUUCAAGCUGCAACCCAAAAAACCCAAUUGGGAUCUGAAACGGGAUUUGGACGAAAAGAUGAACGUUCUCGACGUGAGAACGCAAAAUGCAAUCGCCAGGCUUGUUCGUCAACGGAUAGAGAACGCGCAACGUGCGGCCAAGGCCAAGAGCAAGGAUAUCAACAGUGAUAAGCAGGGCGAAGAGGUGGGGAUCGAGGGGGAGGUGCUGGUGGAGGGAAUCCAUAUGCGUGAGAGGGAGGAGGACGAGAGGGACAGAGACGACUGA